AUGAAAUGCAGCACAACCACGAAUGCCAGCUGCGGAGGUGUGGCUUUGGCGGUGGGUGUUGGAGGGAAGAUCAGUGAUUGGUUUAAAAUCUCACAAGGCUCUAAACCAAUGGAUGGCUGGCCGAAGGCUAAGACUCGCUCAUCCAGGGCAGGACUGCAGUUUCCCGUCGGCCGUGUUCACAGGCUCCUCCGCAAAGGCAAUUAUGCCGAGCGCGUUGGUGCUGGUGCCCCCGUUUAUCUGGCUGCUGUGCUCGAGUAUCUCACCGCUGAGAUCUUGGAGUUGGCUGGAAACGCCGCAAGGGACAACAAGAAGACCCGUAUCAUCCCCCGUCACCUGCAGCUGGCGGUGCGCAACGAUGAAGAGCUGAACAAACUCCUGGGCGGAGUGACCAUCGCUCAGGGCGGUGUGCUGCCCAACAUCCAGGCUGUGUUGCUGCCUAAGAAGACCGACAAGCCCGCUAAGACCAAAUAAACUAACUGCUUGUCGGUUAUGUGUA